UUUUCAGACUUGGCUUCUCUCUAUUUUCCGCUUUCUUCAUUUUCUCUUUACUUGUUGGCCAAAAAAAAUAAGAACUCUUUACUUUCUAUGUUAAACAUUGGAUUUAUUUUUAAAUGAUUGUAAUUAAUGUUUCAUAAAAUUAAUUAAUUGGCAAUUUCUCUUUCCCCGCGUCUCAUGCUCGACUCGAUCACUAUAAUUCCCAAACCAACCCCUCCUCAGUCCUCUCUCUUAUUGGGAGGAGAGAACGACUUUUUCCUCUCCGUACUCGCUCUCUGGUCUCGUGUUUGGGUUUUUAUCGACUGCUCAUGGAUCUUGAGGUGGCUGAUUGCGUCCCUGAAAAUCCUGUAAAUUCAGGGACGGCGAAGAGACGCAAACAUGAAGAGGAUGCUUCUAUAAGCGAUCAUGGAAAUUCUGUGACUGUGGGAGAAUCAUCGGGAAGUGGUGAUAUUUCCAAGAGUUCCAUGUCCUCAAAUAAUGUUAAUAGUCCCAAUUCUGAUUUUUCUUAUCAGGAUGAAAAUGAUGGAAUGAAUGAUGAUGAUGAUGAUGUUGAUGCUGAUGAUGAUGUGGAUGAGGAUAAUACCUAUGAUUUUUACGACAACAAUGACUUUACAUAUGAAGAUGAUUACACAAGUAUGCAGGAUCAGUUUGACAGUGUGGAUUUACCUCCCGGGGUAGAGGCAUCACUGCCAUGGUUGAAGGAUUUUGAUUCAAAUGUAUCCAAGCACGACAUUGCUAUGGGCAACACAGAGUCCAGUUCUAAGGGUAAAAGAAAAGAAACUGAAGAUGCCAUCAUUCAAAAGUCCCAACAAUUUAAGCAAUUUGAUACUGUUGAUUCUUUUCAGGAUCAUUUCUUUGAUAAAGAAGGCUCUUCAGAGCACCAGCAAUCAAAGAAUUGGGCAAAAAAAAUCCAGGAGGAGUGGAAAAUUUUGGAGGAAAACUUGCCAGAAACUAUUUUUGUGCGAGUUUGUGAAUCGAGGAUGGAGCUUCUAAGGGCUGUCAUUAUUGGACCUUCUGGCACCCCGUACCAUGAUGGCCUUUUCUUUUUCGAUUGCCUCUUUCCUUUAUCUUACCCUGCAGAUCCACCUAAGGUGCAGUACUACUCAGGUGGCCUAAGGAUAAAUCCAAAUUUAUAUGAGUGCGGAAAAGUCUGCCUCAGUCUUUUGGGCACUUGGCGUGGUAAGAGUAGUGAAAACUGGAUACCAGACAAAUCAACCAUGCUUCAAGUUCUGGUUUCUAUACAAGCUCUGAUUCUGAAUGAGAAGCCCUUCUUUAAUGAGCCCGGUUAUUCAUCAGCCUUUGUUGGUUCAGUGGGGGAGAGAAAAUCCAAGGAGUACAACGAGAAUACAUUCAUCUUGUCCUUGAAGACAAUGAUGUAUACACUGCGAAAACCUCCAGAGCACUUUGAGGGGUUCGUCGCUGGGCACUUUCAAAACCGAGCCACUAACAUACUGUCGGCAUGUAAAUCAUAUGUGGAUGGCAAUGCAGUCGGCUCAGUUGCACAUAAUUUAGAUCAAAGUAGAAAAAGUACGACAGAUAACAGCAAAAGUGAAUUUCAGUCAGCUGUGAGUAGGAUGAUGAACACCCUUAUUGCAUUUUUCACAAGAAAUGGCUCUACAGACUGUGAGGAGUUUCGAAUUCCUGAGAUCUAUGAUUCAACAUCUCAGGGUCUGGCAAAUCUAGAUACUUAACAGCAGCAAAAGCACAGCAGAAUCAACAAAACUUGUUGUAAAGUUUCUGGAUAUUUCUGUUGGGAAUGAGGUUUCGGGGGUCUCCUUGCGUUCCUGCUUUUUGUGGCAGAUUUGAUGAACCAAGAAACUAGUCUUAUUAAUGUAACACCUAGUUAAAAAAAUUGACGUGUUAGCAUGGUUUCUGAAAAUAUCCUUCGGACUUUGAAGGAUGGUUUCCGGAUAUUUUCUCUAUGUAAAGAUCUGACAGUUUAUUAUCUUAGCAAACAAAGGUAAUCAAUUGAUAUCAAUCA